UGAUGAGGAUCUUCUUCUCGCAACGUUUCGUUCCGGAACCGAAACUGGCCCGGUUGGACACGUACGAUCUGGAAGAGUUCAACAGGCAGCUCGUCAAAUUCCGCCCCGCGAGCCGGCUAAAGAAAGAAAUCAAACAACACGAGGGCAUCCUGUAUCCGGAUGUGGCUUUUUUACCUGCUGAACUGAACCAGGAGGGCAGGAUGCAAUACCCGUCGUCGCUGCAAUAUUAUGAACAGCAUGAUCGAACACAUACGUUUCCAACAUACUGUGUGGAAAUCAAGCCGAAGCAGGGAUGGUCUUUCAGCGAGCAAUGCUUCGAGGACAACUUCAUCCAGCUGGAGUCACUUCUUCCCGCAGAUUUCGGAACGGCACCUGGGAAGUGUCGGUUCUGUUUGUAUCAGUAUUUAAAGCUCAGAAAAAAGUCCAUUCCCAAAGUGAGCAAGUAUUGUCCAUUGGAUUUGUUUUCCGGCAAACCCAUCCGCAUGCUGCACGCCAUCAAGGGCCUCAUCGGUGCGCCGCAGAACAAUUUCAGGCUGUCCAAAAAUGGGCGCAUCGUGUACGACGAAUCCCGGGAGAAAUCGGUCUUUAAUCGGAUUCUGAAGGAGAUUUUUCAACGGGAUGGACGCAGCAAAGAAGAACGGAAAACUAUUUUCAUGAAUCUGAUAAAGGAAAUUCUGCUGAAGGAUUUCUCCACCCAAAGUGAGCCGGACGAUCGAAAGCUGCUAGCAAUACGAAAGAAUCGGAAAAAGAAGGACAAAAAUCUAAUCCAUAACCGCACGUGUACUCCCAUAAACGAUUGUUUUCUUCCGAAAAAUUGUGUUCUUAAACAAAUACUAGACGUUCAACUAUUUGUGAAGUCAAGCCUUGCCGAUUCCAACAAAUGUCGAAACCAACAAGACAUGUGUUUUCCGAUCCAGGCUGAGUCGCUAAGCUAUGUGGAUGAGCUGCAUGAGAAGUAUUUGGACUAUAUCGAUCAAAUUCGAUGCUCAAGUAUGGAAGACGAUGAUGACGACGACGAUGGAAGAAGCUGCAUGAAUUCAAAUCCCGGCGAAGAAGCAGGAAGGUGUUCCAGUAAUUUUACCGACUUCUACCUGAGCUCAGGUGAAAAAUAUCAGCUAGGGGCCACAGCAAUGGACUGUUCGAUUAUGCUAACCUUCCGAAGGUUGUCCGAACGGGAGGAAGAAAGAUUGCCAGCAAGUGCUCGAUCGCACAUAGUCAGUCUCGAAUCGAUGAGAUUCCUGGUGAACGUGACCAUCACCGAUCUCGAUGCCAAAUCGCCAAAUCAUCACAAGAAGUACGUAGACCAGCUGCGGGAUUCCGUCGGUGCGUACCGGGACUUUAUGAUUCGUCUUAGACGAUGAAUAUCUAUAGACACAGGAACACCAUGGAACCGGAAAAACAUGUAUUUUAAUAGAUAGAGUAAUUUAUAGGUAUUAAUAAUAUUUAUUCUAGUGAUUUAAUAGGAGCUUUUAUCGGUAUCGGGAGGAAUAAAUGUAAUUUUUAAAAAAAUCGAUCUUAAGUUUUGCCUUAAGUUUUUUUGAAACUAUUUUUUUUUGUUUUUCAUGUACUAAUCUGACGUCACGCAUCGAUCAAAAAUACUAGAUUUUGUAUAAGUUGCACAAUUAGGGCCAAUUUUUUCGCUGGUUUUUUGUUUUUUUUUCAUAAAUUUUAUCAGUAAUAAACGUAAUAGUUUAAGUCUAUAUGCUUUAAAUUAAAUUGUUCUCGAUACCGUUAAAUAUUUUAAUCGUUUUUAUGUCAAAUAAUCCGGGAAAUGCGAACCAUUUUAGCAACAAAACCUAUAGCAAAGGUGUAAGGAGUAUUUAUGAUAUUUAUUAACGUGUGUAAUUAUAAGCUUCAAAAGAACUGAGUGUUAUGUUAGGAAAAAUUCUGGAUAAAACAAAAUCAUACUUGACGAGGUUAAAAUAGCUUACACCAACUAAAGGAAUUUUAGAUAAAGAGAUUAAAUAAUAAAGUUUAGAAAACAAAAAUUUAAAACAAGAGCAAGAAGGUCCUUAAUUUUAUUGAAAAAUUA